AAACCUAAGAAUACGUCCAUUGGCAUCCAUCACCCGCCGCUACGACAGCAGGAAGAGAAUCGAUCCGCGAUUCACAGAAUCGUGGGCUCCCAGCCGCACAUGGAAUCGAUUCCCAGCGAGGCGUCUUGCGAGGGCCUCGCGAGCGCCGAGAGGAGUUUGGGGCCCGAUGGUGAUGGUGGAGGUCACCAUGGACGGGCACCGCAAUGGGAUGAAAGGAGGAGGUAGAGGGGAACACGGAGUGAGAAGCUCCCGCGUCUCCGCCGACUUCGCCGCCGACCUCUCGCUGCCUUCUCCUUCGCCCUGCGAUCCCGCGGCCCUCCAUCACGGAGCCCCCGGGGGGCCCCCCCCCUCGCCUCCCCCGGCCCCCGGGGGCCCCCCCCUCCUCCCUCUCUCUGUGGUGGGAGGAGCAGGGGGGGGCGGGGGGCCCCCCGGGGGCUCCACACUGCCCCCCGAGUGGAGGAAGACGGCGGCUGCCUUCAUCUACGCCGUGUCCGCGCUCGUGGCCACCAGCGUGGCCAUCGCUGUAGUGCACGAGCGCGUGCCGGACAUGGAGGUGUCCCCUCCGCUGCCCGAUGUCUUCUUUGACCGCGUCGACCGUGUGAAGUGGGCAUUCUCUGUCUGCGAGAUCAACGGCGUCAUCCUGGUCUCCAUGUGGUUCAUACAGUGGGCGUGUCUCACCCACAGGUCUAUCAUCGGCCGUCGCUACUUCUUUAUUAUCGGCACGCUGUACCUGUACCGCUGCGUCACCAUGUACAUCACCACCCUACCCGUGCCUGGACGGCACUUCCACUGCAGCCCAAAGGUGCUGGGCGACGUGGAGCUGCAGAUGAGGCGCGUGAUGAAGCUGAUCGCGGGCGGUGGACUCAGCCUCACGGGGGCGCACACUCUGUGUGGGGACUACCUCUAUAGUGGGCACACCGUAGUGCUCACCCUCACCUGCCUUUUCGCCCAGGAGUAUUCCCCCCGACGCUGGCUCUGGUACCGGAUUCUCUGUUUCCUGCUGGCGGCAAGCGGCGUAGUGGCCAUCUUGGCAGCGCACGACCACUACAGCAUCGACGUGCUGGCCGCGUACUACGUGACGACGCGCCUGCAUUACACCUACCACAGCAUGGCCUGCACGACCGAUCUCAAGUCGCGGGGGUCUGGGAACUGGUUCAGGAAGCUUUGGUGGUUCCGCAUUUUCCUCGUGCUGGAGGGGAACGUCUCUACCAGUGUUCCCCUGCGCUUCUCCCUGCCCAUGCUGAACGCGGGGAGGAGAGGGAGGUACACGAGGGUAGAGAUGGUGUGAAGCAUGCAGGGGGAGACGCCGGGAGGGGGAAACAUGGGGAGGAGAGGAGAUACAGGGAGCGUGGGAGACGUGGGGAUGCGGAGAGGGGGAAGUGACGUGGGGAGGAGGGGAUGCGUCUUCUGUGAGGGGGACACGGGGAAGAGACUGAGGUGGCUGUGUCUGUCAGUGCUGUCUGAACCCAUAGCACCAUAUUGUAUGGGGAUUAGCCAAAGCACUGAGCCGUGAGGAGCGGUAGUGUCGUAGCGGUUAGCGCUACGCUGCACUAUGAACCCUUUGGCCCAAGUUCGAUUCCCGCUCACAGGCAACACCAGUGACGAUUAUUUGAACCAGUCCUGGGCCUCCCCUAAGUCGACUCGGCCUCAAAUGAGUACUUGGUGCAGUGUGUAAAAAUCAUCGCCACUGGAGAGAUCAAGGUUUUGGUGUUGGCCACCCACCUCAUUGUGUGCCGUGCCGGCCUUCAUAGGUGCUGCUCACUAACAGCACUUGCCUCAACAGUAUGUUAAGGCUAUACGGGGGUCUUUGUUAGUGCUAUGGCUAAACCCUCACACUACCCCUGACCCGAACACUAGGCUUACCCUCUAACCAUGAUUCUAGCCCUAUCCACUGUCUAGCCCAAUCCACUGUCUAGCCCUAUCACUACUCUAGCCCUAUCACUGUAUGUAGCCCUAUCACUGCCUUGAGACCUAACACUGACUCUAGCCCUAACCAUUGCACUACCCCUAACCAUAGCCCUUAACACUAGGCCUUCCCCUAACCAUGACACUAACCUAACCAUGACUCUUAUUUUUAUCACCGAUUCUCGCCCUAACACUGACUCUGGUGCCCUAACAUUGACUGUAGCCCCAGCCCCUAACCCGGAGGUGGUUGGUGAUGAGAAGUGCCGUUGUGGUGGUGGUGGUGAUGCGGAUGAUAACUGUGGUGAUGUUAAAUUGAUGAAGCCAAUAUCGGUGAAAAGGUGAACAAUGUUGAUUAUGUCGUUGGUGGAAAUUAUGGUGAUGACGUUUACAAUGUCGUGCACACUGCAGUACAGCAAAUAGGUUGUGCAUCUCGGAUUCCUCGCUCUUGUAAAUGCAGCCCUGCUACCAAUUACAUUUUAGUACCUGUUUAUACGACGUGAUAAUAGCGGUGUUGAUGAUGGUGGUGAUAAUGUUUAAUAAAAAGUGACAUUGUCAGUGAA